UAUAUGUGUGCUUACUCUUGUAUCAACUCCAAAAUCAUUUCAUUUGAAACAAGUUAACACGCAUCUCUCUCUAUAAUGGCGACGUUGCUUAGCAAGCUGAGAAGGGCGGUGGAGAAGAUCAAGUUUCUGCUUAAUUUGAGCGUGAAUAGAUGGAAAGUGGCGUCGGUGAUAAGCAAGAGAGGGCUGAGCUUCAACGAAAGGCCCGGAUUGAUGGCCUGCGUGGAGGAUUCGGGCUCGGAUGAGAGCCCGGGAUCAUCGAGGGGGCUACGAAGGACGACCAGUUACCCGUCGGAAGAUGAUAUUGAUGAGAGAGCCGAUGCUUUUAUUGCUAAUUUUUACAAGCAGCUUCAGUUUGAGAGGCAGAUUUCUUUGCAGCUUAGGUAUUGUAAAGAGAAUUCUUCUCAAUAACUCGACCCCAAAUUCAAUUUUUUUUUUUAAUUUUUUCUUUAUAAUAAAUCAUUGAAUAAGAUCUAUAUAUUGUGAUGUGGUGGAGAUUUGAGUUUUUAUGAAAAUAUUUCCAUCGAUUGAAAAUGAGAGAGUAGAGUUCUUUGUUGAUUAUUGAUGUAACUAUUUUGUUAAUAUAUACAAGAUCUUUAUUGUUGUAA